UCCAGAAAACGAGAAGCUCAGAAAAGGCUAGCUAGUUUAGAACAAGGCGACUAUGAAUACGAUUAUCCCAGGUCAAAGAGCGCGCAGACAGAGAUGUUGAGUUUGUCCUGCAGGCAGUUCUGUCCCCGUGUGUUGCUGCUGUUACCGUCGAGAUGCGGACAGGGGCUCCUUACGUCUCCUCCCAGUCCCUCGCGGGUCCCGAAAACCCCCACAACUGGCAGCAGAGCCUACGCCAAGAAAGCAACCAAGAAGAGGAAAGGAGGAGGGGUAGGAGGGUCUUCCCUGAGCGAGGAAGAGAGGGACGUGAUAGACCUCUCUCACACAGAGGCAGCAAUGCAGGCGUCUGUCACAGCCUUGAAGAAAGAAUACACUAUCAACCUGGUCACCAGACUCACUCCGGCCUCACUGGACAGUCUCUACGUUGAUGUGGAAGGUCAGAGUGUACCACUGAGGCAGCUGGGACAGUCAGGGAUGCCCAAUCCAAACACACUGGUCCUAAACCUGGCCUCCUAUCCCCAGGCUAUUGAGGCAGCAGUGAGUGCGCUGAGAUCACACACACUCAACCUCAAUCCUAUAGUGGACGGCCCCUCAAUUAAAGUCCCCAUUCCAAAGAUGAACAAAGAGCUGCGGGAAUCCAUGGUGAAACAGGCCAAGGCACAUGCAGAGAAGGCCAAAGUUGGAGUACGUAAGGCCAGACAGAAGGCAAUCUCGGACCUACGGAGGGAAGGAGCAUCUGAAGACACCACCAGAAAACUGGAGAAACACAUUCAGGAGAUGACAGACGAAAACACGGAAAGCAUCGAGGAAAUACUAAAAGCCAAAAGCAAAGACCUAUUGAAGAUCUAAUUCACACACAGACAUAUUAUGUUGUACGUCAUCUUUCACAUUCAGUUCACCCCAGUGAGUAUAAAUGUUUACAUAUGAAAAUCAGUGGCAGA